AUGGCCGGCGUGAGGGCGCCAUGGUGGGCGACCAUCUACGUCCUGGUCCCCAUCUUCUCGGGAUUCGUAUGGCUCGGGAUGCUCCUCGGGAUGCUGCUCUGGUGGGCUGUGGGAAAGCACAAGGCACACCUCUCGCCCAUGGAACCGAGCCAGCACAUCUCAUACAUCUCGGACAUUGGAGCGCUCGAGCUGCAGCCUCUGUUCAUCUCCAUGGGCACCGUCACCGUCGUGAGCUUCACGUCGGUCUUCGUGACGGAGCGCUGGCUGCGCCACCGAGGAACCAUCGCGCGAAACACGUCGUCGUUUCAAAAGCUGCUGAGCGUGCUCGCGACCCUGUUUGCCAUAGCGGGCAUGAUCGGCCUGAUCAUCCUCACCUGUCGCAACAACGUCGAUUACUCGAACGUCCACGACGCAUGCCUGGUGGUCUUCAUUGCCGGCUACAUCAUCUCCGCCAUCUUCGUCUGCUGGGAGUACCAGCGCCUCGGGUUCCACUACCGCGACCACCGCAUCCUCCGGGUCUCCUUCUGGCUCAAACUCGCCUUCAUCGUGGUGGAGCUGAGCCUCGCCAUCGCCUUCGCCGUGCUCGGCAAGCAGGACCGCUACAACGCCGCCGCCGUGUGCGAGUGGAUCGUCGCCUUCAUCUACACGUUCUACGUGUGGAGCUACGCCAUCGACUUCAUCCCGGCGGUGAGAACGGAGCACUACGCGUCCAAGGAGACGGUGGUCGCCAUGGCCGAGAGUUCGAAGACCGCGUCGCGGAUGGGGGGGUACCCCGACGGAGUAGGUCAGGAAGAGGCAGCUCUCGGAGCGACUGAUGGGAUUCGUGGCCAGCAGCCGAGAUAUUUUUGA